UCACACUUUGCAAGAAAAAGCACAAGUUUUGAAGUAUUCAACCCCCCCGAGCAAUUCACGUGUUUUUACCCGCAACCUGUGACGUGAGCGCUACACCUGACUAAGCCGUCAAUCACACCCUGCAAAGUUACACUCCGAGCCUUGAAGAAGGUAGCAGCAUCUUAGUGGCGCAGUGGCUGUGCUCUCUCGCAAUUCUUUUCUCUCCGAUAAAGUUAAUCGAUUUUUCAGUCCACAGCGGGAGUCUCAUUCAUUUUAAAUUCAUUGCCACUCGUCGCUGCGCUAGGGUCUUCGCCGAAAAAGGCCCGGCCUUCACUGCUUGGAGAGCGACUUGGGAUAGUCCGCUCAGGAGCAAAACUGGGAUCGUUCCUAAUCACUCGACGACUCCGAAUUCUGAUGCCAUCUUUCAGCGAACACCGUAGUAGCAAUUCUGGCUACUCCAUCAAGAAUAUAUUGGGGAGUUUGUAACGAGGAGAGCCCAUCAUAAAGGAUGUCAUCACAGUUACCGCCAGAUCCCUACAAGAUUCUUGGAGUCUCCAAGGACGCCUCCUUAGCGACUGUCCGAACAGCAUACCGGAAAUUAGUUCUUCAGUGCCAUCCGGACAAGGUACAAAACGAGGCGCUGCGAUCGCAGAAGAUCGACGAGUUCCAGCGGGUGCAGCAAGCUUACGAGACUCUCUCCGAUGACCAAAAGAGACAGCAGUAUGACCAACAGGUCAAGUUGGCCGAAUUACGGAAAGAAACAACGCAGAGACGGGGACCGAUCAUUGAGGUUCGCACAGCUGCGCCUCGAGCAAGUUAUAGUUACCGAGACUCGCCCCGUACUGUCUACGAAGAUAAGAAACCAUCCAGACCGCAUGAAGAUGACAUUAAAUUUUCUUCGACCCAGAUAUUUGAGGACACUCGAGCAUCCUCUCGGAAAUACGAUGGUUACAGUGCAUCAACGAGAAAGCCUCAGACGAGGAUGCCAGAAGAGCGGAGAAGCACUAGAGCGACAGAAGAUGCUCGAGGAAGGGAAAGAGAGAGGGAUAUUGAGCGACAAUUAAAAGAACUUAUGCGCGAGAAAGAAAAGACUACAUACUCGGAGCGAAAAAAGAUGAGAGACAAGGAGCGCAAACGUGAUUUCGCUGACAAGUACUCCAAAUCUCCGUAUGUUGAGUCGGACUCUGGCUCAGAUUCCGAUCAUUCCUACACUUACAGGAAUGAUCGACGUGCCGAAGAAGAGGGCCGAAGAGAGAGGGCUCGUUUUGCAGAGGAAGCUCCUCGGUCUCGGAGAGAAAGAGAAUAUGAUGAUGAACAUGCGAGGAAGAUAUACGCCCAGGAAUCUGAAGCUUUCGAUUAUAUUGCGCAGUCGAGAGGUGCCAGGGAUGGCCGCCCGGCAGAUCCGUACCGAGGCAAGACUUCGAAUUCAUACUACGAAAUGAGGCGAGAACCAUCGCCGCCAAAAGCUGAUGCCCGACGUUCGUCUGUUCGACCCCGUGAACGAGUUCGAGAGCGAGCCGUUAGUCCGGUGCGUGCAUCACCCCGGGAUCGGAGAGGUACAGCGGAAAUUGUUGAUCCGCCCUCUGGAUACACUACCAGAAAGCCUCCGACGUUGCAAACAUCACAGUCUUCACCAGCGAGCAUAAAAAUCCCAGUCAAUACAAGACCUGCACCUGCGCCGCAACGUGCCAGUACGAUGCAGUAUCAGCGCGACUCAAAUUUCGAAAUACCCGCCUUCCAACGUUCAAAUACUACCCCUAUUACCAACAUUGGAUCAACUUCCCGAAGAAAGGAGUCCACUCCUAUGUCUGGCUCUAGGCUCAGAGAGCAAGACUCUGGGUAUUCCAGUCAUUCAGGAUAUUCAAGUCCUGUAACCCCAGGAACAUCCUAUGGCCGAGAAGCCAGCCCCAACCCUCGUUACACCAAAUACACCAUUGUUGAGGAGCCCGACGAGUAUCGCGGUGGUGGAAGUCAUCGAACAGUGAAGGUUGUUGACCCAGAUAACUACCGACGUGCUCGAAGUAUUUCUCCUCCACCUGUUCGUCGUGCUACCGUCGAAACCGAGCGCCCCCCACUUGCAACACAUUCUUCUUCUAGCGCGCGACAUAGUACCCCAACCCGAACUUCGUCAUACGCCUAUCCUGCUGAGCCAAUGUCGGCUGGUAGUCGCCCGCCCCCGCCUCCGCUCUCCCGAAGCACGUCUACAUCAACUCGUCCCUCCCCGAUGACGUCUGUGCCUCGAACGGCACCGCCCCUUUCGCGCGGCGAAGCUGCUCGCUCCGGUCGCAUGUUUGGCGACUAUGAUGUUCGCUAUUCGCCAAAACUUGGCCCAGAAAGCGUCAGCUAUUCCUAUGGAAGCAACCGUCGAGGGGGUGGUCCCGAGGCUCUUGCCCGCGACGGCGCUGCAUAUCUUCGAACCUCGCAUGCUGAUAUGCCUCGACAUCCGGGCAUGGCUCGUUCCGAAACGUUCAGUUACUAAGUUAUGACGCGAUUCUGCAUGAUAUUACCUUUUCCGCAUUAUGCAUUACAUCUCUUUUUUGCACCCUGUCGCACAAGGGCGCCACCACUAUGCCGGAUGACGUCGGUUCCUGCCGAUCUUG